ACAACUCACUCAUUUGCUUUUGACCCUGAAAUCUUCUCUCUCUUCUCUUCAUUGCCGCCACCAUCAACCUCCAUUGUUUUCUAACAUUCCGCUCUCAUUCUCAAGCUCCCAUUGGAUUGGAUGGUCUUUUUACCGAUAAGAUUCUUAGUUUUUUUUCCUUUCCAAUUCUUGCCAUAUAUUCUUGUUCCAUCAAGGUUUAUAAUUUUCCAUCAUAAAGGAUGCCAUAAUUGAUCCCCAAUGGAUUAGUCCAAAUUUGAGUGCUCAAAGAAAUUGGAAUGUGGGUUCUUAAUUAGUUGUCAUUGGGUGGUCUUUCCAAAAUUUGUGGUUUGGGGACCUACAAAGACUUGUGGAAAUGAGUGCACUGAAGAUCAGUAGUAUUUGUCGGGUGUCACGUUUUCUAUUGUUUCUUAUUGUUGUUUUCAAUCUAUCACCAAAUGCAUUUUGUGUUGAUGGGGAUGAUUAUAGUCAAACAGGCAACCCAGCAUUGCUUCCUAUUAUUACUGAUACGAUCUACAAAAGGCUUUCAAAUCUCUCUGUAGUGUUCGGUGAUGAUAUAAUGGAUAGUCUGAGUUUUUGCAUCAAGAAUGUGAAAGCUGAUUGGAAAAGAGCAUUCGAUUUUGAAGGAGACUUGGAUUUCAUAACUAAUUGUAUCAAGAAGAUUAAAGGAGAUAUCACUCUGAGAUUGUGUACAGCAGCAGAAAUCAAAUUCUACUUCGGUAGUCUCUUUGGGCAGGGGACAACAGAUCAGACUCACUAUUUAAAACCAAAUAAGAACUGCAAUUUAUCCUCGUGGCCUAAUGGGUGUGAACCAGGAUGGGGUUGCGGUGCUAAUCCAAAUCAGAAAAUCGAUCUCUAUAAUUCAAAGGACAUGCCUUUAAGGACUCGUGACUGUCAACCGUGUUGUGAGGGAUUUUUCUGCCCCCAAGGCCUUACCUGCAUGAUACCUUGCCCAUUAGGUUCUUAUUGUCCAUCCGCAAAGCUUAAUAAAACUACCGGAAUGUGUACCCCAUAUGGUUACCAAAUACCCCCUGGACAUCCAAAUCAUACUUGUGGUGGUGCAGAUGCAUGGGCUCCUGUUGCGGCGAGUAGUGAAAUUUUCUGUGCACCAGGAUCAUACUGCCCAAGAACAACGCUUAAAGUUCCUUGCAGUAGUGGACAUUACUGCAGGAUGGGCUCCACUUCUCAAAUAUCGUGCUUCAAGUUAGUCACAUGCCAUCCUAAUACUGCAAACCAAAACCUUCAUGCAUACGGAAUCAUGCUUAUUGCUGCAGUGACUACUCUUCUUCUCAUUAUUGUUAACUGCUCUGACCAGGCUCUCUCUACACGAGAAAAAAGAGCAGCUAAAUCCAGAGAAGCCGCAGCAAGGCAAGCACGAGAAACUGCACAAGCACGUGAAAGGUGGAAAGUUGCAAAAAAUGUUGCCAAGAAAGGGGGAUCCGCGCUGCAAGCACAGUUGUCCCAGACAUUUUCUCGCAGAACAUCUGGAUUUAAAGCAGAGCAGCCAAAGGUUUCAGAUGUGGGUAAAUCUCAAACUGAGGCUGCUUUGUUACCACCUAUGCCUUCAGGUACUGCAAGUGCAUCAUCCGAGAAAGCAAAGAAAAAAGAACCAAGCACCCUUACAAAAAUGAUGCAUGCUCUUGAAGAUGAUCCUGAUGGUCAGGAAGGAUUUAAAUUGGAGAUUGGAGACAAAAAUAUAAAAAAGCAAAUGCCAAAGGGUAAACAAUUGCAUUCUCACACCCAAAUUUUCAAGUAUGCAUAUGGUCAGAUUGAGAAGGAGAAAGCUAUGCAGCAGGACCAAAAGAACCUGACUUUCUCAGGAAUAAUUUCAAUGGCUACUGAUACUGAUGUCAAGACUAGGCCUGUGAUUGAGGUUGCAUUUAAGGAUUUAACCCUCACGUUGAAAGGAAAAAAGAAACAUCUGAUGAGGGGUGUCACUGGGAAAAUCAUGCCCGGCAGAGUUUCUGCUGUCAUGGGACCAUCUGGAGCUGGCAAGACUACUUUUCUUUCUGCCUUGGCAGGAAAAGCAACUGGAUGCACUAUGACAGGCUCAAUUCUCAUAAAUGGGAAGAAUGAAUCAAUCCAUUCAUAUAAGAAAAUUAUUGGUUUUGUUCCACAAGAUGAUAUUGUUCAUGGGAACCUGACAGUGGAAGAAAAUCUGCGAUUCAGUGCAAGGUGCCGAUUAUCUGCCGACAUGCCUAAAGCUGAUAAGGUUCUGGUUAUUGAAAGAGUUAUUGAGGCAUUGGGACUGCAGACGGUGAGGGAUUCUGUGGUUGGGACUGUGGAGAAACGAGGAAUUUCUGGAGGCCAGAGAAAACGUGUGAAUGUUGGGCUUGAAAUGGUCAUGGAACCUUCACUACUGAUUUUAGAUGAGCCUACAUCUGGUUUGGACAGUUCAUCAUCACUGUUACUUAUAAGAGCUCUACGACGUGAAGCACUAGAAGGGGUAAACAUCUGCAUGGUAGUACAUCAACCAAGCUAUGCCCUGUUCAAGAUGUUUGAUGAUUUUAUACUUCUGGCAAAAGGUGGCCUCACUGUUUAUCAUGGAUCUGCAAAGAAAGUUGAAGAAUACUUUGCUGGCCUUGGGAUCACUGUACCAGAGCGUGUUACUCCUCCAGAUCACUAUAUUGACAUUCUGGAGGGUAUAGUGAAAACAAACUCAAAUGUGACUCAUGAACAACUACCUAUCAGAUGGAUGCUGCAUAACGGGUAUCCAGUACCACCAGACAUGUUGCACUAUGCUGAUAGCAUUGGUGCAAUCUCUUCUGGCUUAAACUCAAGUGCUGCGGAGUCCACAGAACAAUCUUUUGCUGGGGAUUUAUGGGCAGAUGUUGUUUCUAAUGUUGAGCUUCAUCGAGAUCAUAUAGAGCGCAACUAUUUGAAGUCUAAGGAUUUAUCCAACCGAAGAACUCCUGGAGUUUCCCGUCAGUAUAGAUAUUUCGUUGGAAGGAUUUGCAAGCAACGACUACGAGAAGCUAGACUACAAGCAGUUGACUAUUUGAUUCUAUUACUGGCUGGAGCCUGCUUAGGAACUCUUGCUAAAGUGGACGAUGAAACAUUUGGGUCCCUUGGUUAUACUUACACUGUCAUUGCUGUUUCGCUGCUAUGCAAGAUUGCAGCAUUACGAUCAUUUACGCAGGAUAAAUUACAUUACUGGAGAGAGAGUGAAUCUGGAAUCAGCAGUCUAGCUUAUUUUUUAUCGAAGGACACAAUUGAUCAUUUCAACACAAUUGUCAAGCCUCUAGUUUAUUUAUCCAUGUUUUAUUUCUUCAACAGUCCUAGAUCAACAUUUGCUGACAAUUAUGUGGUUCUGCUUUGCCUAGUGUACUGUGUGACUGGCAUAGCUUACAUUUUUGCAAUCUACUUUGCACCAGGUCCUGCCCAGCUGUGGUCAGUGCUUCUUCCUGUUGUCCUGACUCUUGUUGCAAGCCAGGAGCAAGAUAGUAUACUGGUGAGGCAUUUGGGAUAUCUGUGCUACCCAAAGUGGGCUAUGGAAGCUUUUGUUAUUGCAAAUGCUGAAAGAUACUCCGGUGUCUGGUUGAUAACUCGCUGCAACUCACUGAGGGAAAAUGGCUACGAUCUUGGUCAUUGGGGUCUUUGUCUACAACUUCUCAUUCUGACAGGCAUACUCAGCCGUUUUGCAGCUUUUUUCCUGCUGGUGACCUUCCAAAAGAAGUGAGUUGGGAAAUUACAUAUCGUUCUUUGUCCAUGUUCUUAGUGUACAAAUCAGAGUUGUUCAGUUUUGAUACCGUUGUAGAGAUCAUACAAAUCCUCAAAAGUGAAUACAGCAGAUAUAUAGCUAACACAUUAGUUCUGCAAUGAUCAGAUAAUUAAAUUAGUCUUCUAGAUCAGCUGUAAUGAUCCAACAUAAGUUCUGCAAUCCCGUUGUAUUUUAUUUUUAGAGAAGCAGAGAGCUGAUACUUUUUUUUUUUUUUCAUUUUGUAUGAUGCAAGAAUAAAUAAAAAAAGAAAAAUCAAUUUUACUCGUUCCGUUUCUUAAUUA